GUGUGAGCAUUACGUAAGGCAGAUGUGAGAGGAACUGCAAGUGCCAGUGUAACGGAAGUGGUACUACCCUGUGAGAUACGCUGAGCCAGACGGAGGACGGAGGCUGCACCAGAGAGCAUAAAAGCAGGACUCAAAGUCGCCAAUAUUUCUAGAAAAUGGAUAAGAGCGACCUGGUACAGAAGGCCAAGCUUGCUGAGCAGGCUGAGCGCUACGAUGACAUGGCAGCAGCCAUGAAGUCUGUGACGGAGCAAAACGCCGAGCUGUCCAACGAGGAUCGCAACCUCCUCUCCGUUGCCUACAAGAAUGUUGUGGGAGCUCGCCGCUCAUCCUGGCGUGUCAUCUCCAGCAUUGAGCAGAAGACCGAGGGCAACGACAAGAAACAGCAAAUGGCCCGUGAGUACCGGGAGAAGAUUGAGGCGGAGCUGCAGGAGAUCUGCCAUGAUGUGCUGGGGCUACUUGACAACUUCCUUAUUUCCAAUGCCACCUCUGCUGAAAGCAAAGUCUUCUAUCUGAAAAUGAAAGGCGACUACUAUAGAUACCUGUCUGAAGUCGCAUCUGGAGAUGCCAAGAAGGACACGGUGGAAAAUUCCCAGCAGGCGUACCAGCAAGCUUUUGACAUCAGCAAGGGAGAGAUGCAGCCAACACACCCCAUCAGACUCGGCCUUGCCCUCAACUUCUCCGUCUUCUAUUAUGAAAUCCAAAACAACCCAGACAAGGCCUGCAGUCUGGCCAAGGCGGCAUUUGAUGAAGCCAUCGCUGAGCUUGACACCUUGAACGAGGACUCGUACAAAGACAGCACCCUGAUCAUGCAACUACUAAGGGACAACCUGACUCUGUGGACAUCAGAAAACCAGGGCGAUGAGGGAGAGACCGGCGAAGGGGAAAACUAAUGGAAUUGCACUGUUAAUCCACCUACACUCUUAUCUUAAACACAGACAGCUUAUAUACAUCCCCCUCCACUCCAUCAGCCCCGCCCUCUUCUGUAUGACAAGCAGCCUGAAUUGCUUAACUAGUUUACCCCUCUCUGCUAGGUGACAGGGUAAUUUUAGCCAAUUCAGUCACUUUGUGGUAACGUAUAGAUUAGUGAGUCCAUGUUGCUGUUUUUGUUGGCUUCCUGUGUAUGUGUGUGUGCGUCUGCGAGCGAGCACGUCCGACUUCGAAAGAUAUUUGUGUGACUGGUUCGGGGGGAGGGAAGGUGUUGUGAAUUUAAUCGUCCUUCCAUAUUCCUCUGUCCUGGCUAGUUUUUGCUUUUUGAAUCCCUCAUUUUUUUAUGUUACUUUUAUUAUUUGUGAUUCCUCAUGAUAUUUACAGGUUUUAAUGUAUGGUAAUUGAGCUAGCAGUUGAUUUCCGAGCACUGUGAUGGUAGGUGUUACAUUUCUGUGGAGCCCCUAAGGGGACAUGACCAACCAAAAAAAAAAGAGAAGCAAAAAAAAAUACUAGUUUGGAGUGAUGUCGUAACUACUUCUGGAUUAAACAACCAUAACGAUGGCGAGUCCGCAUCCGUGGGAAAGUUUCAUUGAAUUUUAUUUCGAAAUUGGACUAAAAUAUGAGGACAUACAGUACUGGGAAUUUCUCUUCGGAGAUUAAUAAAGUAUCUAUCUAUCAAUCUAUCUAUCUAUUUAUCUAUCUAUCUAUGAAGCAUGGUUUUGAAAUCAGUGUCAGGUCAUCCUCUAUGACUCCUCUACUUCUCACAGCAGAAUCAAUACAUUUGAACAGCGUGAGAUCUUGCAAAAGUAUUGUAGCGUCUGCUAGUAGUAGACGAAAACAGCCAUUCCGUAGUGUAGUUUCUUCUUUUAUUUCACUCAAACACUGUGUAGUGGUCUCCAGAAAACAGAAACAAUUGCAGCUCCUCGCUCUCCUCAACAACUCCCAAAAAACAGAACUCUCUCUCAGCCCCAGCGCAACAUCCCGCUCCACACUCAGUCACUUGUCACCAUUGAACUCUUAAAGGAACAGUAGCAUAAACCCAGAACGUCACAGUAUUGUGAGAUCUCGCCAAAAUAUAUUGCAAGAUCUCGCAAAAGAUCUUGCGUUAUAUUUUGGCGCAAAACUUCUUUUUUUUUUUUUUUUUUUUGGUCGUGUCCCCCUAGGGGCUCCAUACAUUUCCUUCACAGCCCCAAAACAUUUUUUUUUAAACAACUGAUACAAAUUAUUCGGUGUUCAACCAUCUGCAAUUCUGCUGUGGGCUCAUACAGAAAGGAGGCAGGCCGUAUCGUGACACUGACAUCUUUAUGUAAUGCUACCUAACCACAAGUACACAUUAAGGAACGUUUUAAGGGACCCCUUAAAUUGCCAUGGUGAUAUUGUUGAGACUGAAGACAUUCCUUUGUUUUAGGCAUUUAGAAAAGGCACUUUGAAUCAGUUUUAUUCAAGUUGGAUUUGCCUUCGUAGUUAACUCACUGUUGAUGUGCUGCUUGGUUUCAGUACAUUUAAAAUUGUUCGUGCGCCAAUGUGGUUUUAUGUUCUUUUGCAAGAUUGACUAUCAUCUAUAUGUUCAAAACCUGAAGUAAUCUUAUAUUGAUGUUAAUUGAAAAUGUCUUUCCACACUGUAUGAAACCUGCUUGAAAAUUAUUUUUCUCUCAAUGCGGUUGUGUCUACAUAAAAAAACAACAACAAACGGUUACUUCUGGCUUUCUCUUGCAGCCCAUAUCCUUUCUCCGCGGGCAGCGUUGGUUGUUUUUAUAAAGAGUCAGACCAGAAAACAUGUUUGAAAAUUGUUUAAAAAAAACCAACUGCUGUUUAAGGUGGCUUGUGUGACUUAUGGUCUCAUAGGUCAGCUUAUGCUUGAUGAAAACGCAGUUAGUGAAUGUGGAACGAAGCCUGUCUGUAUAUCAGAUAUCUACUCGCUUUGUUUUUACUGACAAGUCUUAUGGCUAAAUUUGCUUCUGUAACUCUAUUACCCAGUGCACACACGUGGUUGUGAAAAUUUAGAAUAGCUCUUGGAAAAAAAAAGCAACGACAAACAUGGAGAUAAACAAUGGUUGGUGUAAUUCUAGCUUUGUGUUUAUGUAUCUUUAAACCAUUCUAGUUUCACUCUACAUGUAAGAAAUAGGAAAGUGUCAAAGACCAUUCAGUGAAAUAAAGUUCCGUUUAAGAUACA